ACAUGCACCAAAUAUUAUAGAUUUUUAAAUAAAUAGCAUUAUUUUAUGUGUUUCUAACAAAAAUAUUUUAGUAAAAGAGGACAAUUGUGGCUUAUUAGAUCCUAUAAGUCCUUAAGUCCAAGGUUCCCUUUAAGAGCCACAUACUAGUUGGCCAAAAGUGGCACUACUAGUAGAAAGGACGUUACUCAUUGUCCACUUAUUUGUCCUACUUGUGAGAACAAAUAGAAACAUGGAUAUCAAGGAUUUGAAAUAAAUGUGGAACAGAUUUUGAAUUGAAUUGUAAGCAAAAUAGGGGUUUGUAAGUGACCAAUUGCUCCUAUAUUUGAACAUGCACACAUUCUGGUUAUGAGGAAAUGUUGGAAAAGUGUUUAGUGUGGUGUGAAAGCGUAUGAAAUGCCAUCAUGGAGGAUGGGUGGACUACCCCCCUUUUGCCCUCCUUUUUUUCCUUGGGAGGGGAGCUUUUCUUAUUCAAAAGAGGCCCACAAAAGACUUCCAGUGAGCCUUGCCACAUCCCCAUCUGACUCGGGGGGCCAUUCAUCAGCCUUGCAAGCCUAUCAAUGACACGUCCCCAUCAGGGCUCCUAUAAAAAUCAGCCCCCUUUCCCAUGAAACAUCAGCAAACAUUUUGACGGCUCUGCCUUUGCCCCCACUGGAUUUCUGGAGGACCCUCCAAAACGCCACCCCACAGUUCCCCACCCAUACGUACUCUCCCUCGCUCUCUCUCUCUCUUCUCCACUCAGACCCUCAGCAUCUCCCCUCCGACGGCCAGUGGUCGCGGAGACGGCGAGCGGGGAGAGGAUAGAGAGCAGGUGGAGGAGGAGGAGGUGGGAAAGCCGUGGCCGUUUUCUACUGGGGGGAGCGCUUUGAUGGGAAGAGGAUGCACUGUGGGCUACUGGAGGAGCCUGACAUGGAUUCCACAGAGAGCUGGAUCGAGCGCUGCCUCAAUGAGAGCGAGAGCAAACGUUACUCCAGCCACAUGUCCCUGGGCAACAUGUCCACCGACGAGCAUGAGGAAAAGGAAAAUAACAGGGCCUCCAAACCGCAUUCGACACCUGCCACUCUGGAAUGGCUGGAGGAAAACUAUGAGAUUGCAGAAGGCGUGUGCAUCCCAAGAAGCGCCCUCUACAUGCACUACCUCGACUUCAGCGAAAAGCACGACACGCAACCCGUCAAUGCUGCUAGCUUCGGGAAGAUUAUUCGGCAACAGUUUCCAGCACUAACCACCAGACGACUCGGCACAAGAGGGCAAUCCAAGUACCACUACUAUGGCAUCGCGGUGAAGGAGACGUCGCAGUACUAUGACGUGAUGUAUUCAAAGAAGGGCGCGGCAUGGGUGAACGAGGCGGGGAAAAAGGAGGUGACCAAGCAGACAGUGGCGUAUUCACCACGCUCCAAACUGGGGACGCUGCUGCCAGAGUUCCCAAAUGUCAAAGACCUCCAUUUGCCUGCCAACUUGCCAGAAGAGAGGGUGUCAACCUUCAUCAUGAUGUACAGAACGCACUGCCAGAGGAUACUGGACACAGUCAUCCGGGCCAACUUUGACGAGGUCCAAAGUUUCCUGCUGCACUUCUGGCAAGGCAUGCCACCCCACAUGCUGCCAGUACUCAGCUCGCCCACCGUGGUCAACAUCGUAGGAGUGUGUGACUCCAUCCUGUACAAGGCCAUCUCUGGGGUCCUCAUGCCCACCGUCCUCCAAGCCCUGCCUGACAGUUUGACGCAGGUGAUUCGGAAAUUUGCCAAACAAUUAGAAGAGUGGCUCAAAAUUGCACUGCAUGAUCUCCCGGAGAACCUGAGGAACAUCAAAUUUGAAUUGUCCAGGAGAUUCUCGCAAAUCCUGAAGCGGCAAACGUCCCUAAACCAUCUGUGUCAGGCGUCGCGCACUGUGAUAAAUAGUGCCGACAUCACCUUCCAAAUGUUGGAGGACUGGAGGAACGUGGACCUGAACAGCAUCACUAAGCAAACACUGUAUACCAUGGAGGAUUCGCAGGAGGACCACCGGCAGCUCAUCAUACACUUAUACCAGGAGUUUGAUCGUCUUUUGGAGGAGCAGUCGCCCAUCGAAGCCUACAUUGAAUGGCUUGACUCCAUGGUGGACCGUUGUGUUGUCAAGGUGUCCGGGAAGAGGCCCGGCUGCCUGAAGAAGGUGGCCCAGCAGUUCCUGUUGAUGUGGUCUUGCUUUGGGACCAGAGUCAUUCGGGAUAUGACGCUCCACAGCGCCCCUAGCUUUGGCUCUUUCCACCUGAUCCAUCUCAUGUUUGACGAUUACGUCUUGUACCUGCUUGAGUCGCUCCACUGCCAGGAGAGGGCCAACGACCUCAUGAGGGCCAUGAAGGGCGAAGGCGGCGCAGAGCAAGAUGAGGAGUUCACGCUGACGGAAAUUACCGCCUCAUCCUCUCCAUCCCCGGACUCAUUCUCACCGGCCCGCUCCGUCCACUCGGGUGCUGUGUCGUCAGCCUCGCCUGCGGCCGAAGCCUCACCCGAGUACCCGUCCAGCACAGGCGCCGUUCAGUCAUAUACGUGGUCCCUUACAUACACAGUGACAACAGCGGGCGGUUCCGUGCCUGACGCCGGCCAGCAGCUGUCCUGCAUGAGGAGCAACGGCGGCGCCGCUGGUACGCCGCCGCCGCCCUCCUCCUCCUCCUCCUCCGCUCAUCGGCUGCCCGUCUAUGCCCACAGAGAGGAGCAUGGAUACACUGGCAGCUACAACUACGGCAGCUAUGCCAACCAGCAUCCUCACGCCAUCCAGAGUCAGUACCCGGGCCUCAGCCACGAUGGCUCUAUCCCGGCACCGUUACACUACUCCGCCUACCACCGCUCAUCUGCGCAGUACCAGUUCAACGGUCAGAUGUCUCGCAUGGAUCCGUGUCUGAUGAGCGGCACCCCACGACUCCACCCGGCGCCUGUGGCCCCCCGCUGGCCAGAUAUGUCCUCGGUCAACGGCUGCUACGCCAGCCCGCCUAUGCAUUCGUCCCGCUACGCCACAUCAGCCGACGUUUACUCGCCUUUGGUGCCCCGUAGGAACUCCGAGUACGAGCACUCGCAGCAUUUCCCCGGCUUUGCCUACAUAAACGGUGAAGCCGCCGCCACCGGUUGGGCCAAGUAGCCUGGGGAAACACUUUGAACUGUAAAGGACAUCAUCACUCAGUCAAGGUGUGAGGACAACCCAGCAGCAAAAUCAUCCGACGCUGCCGCCAAGCUGUGCCUUUGUUUUCAGGAAUGUCCGCCUCUGCCAGUUAGCCCGCCAUGUCCGAAAUGAUAUGAGAAGUUCGCGCCGAGCUCUCGAGCGCACGCACAGCAGCACUGCCUUAACAGUCUCCCAAAAAAAUGAGCCUAAACAUCACAGAAAGCGACUUCCUGUGAUCCACGCCUGAAGCUCAAAAACGUGUGUAUUCUGUGUUUUUUUUGUGUGAUAAAAUCUAUAUAUAUUCUAUGUAUUUUCUGUAACUAUGUAACAUGGUGUAUCGUUUGCUUUCUAUGGUACUCGGUUGUUCUGUUUUGUAAGAUGAUUAGUACAUUAACAUUGGGUUGUGUGUUUUUAUAAUGCACUCAAUCGCUACUGAGGACCUAUUACCCUAUGGGUAUUUAUAAAAAAAAAAUCAAUAAUGAAAGAUGAAAGGAAAUUAUGAAAGUGUACAGUAACAUUGUCAAUGCAAGCACUGGAAAAGCAUGCGUGGUGAACGUCGCAGUUGAAAGGGAGAAUGUUGCCACAUAAAGGAUUUCAUUAUGUUUUACUGCUGACUCCCUUUUGUUUUAUUUCUUAG